CGUCGGGGCGGAACAUCCGGCGUCUUCCUCGUCGCGGUCAUUUUGGUUGUUCUCAGAUGUGUUUUCCGGAGAAGUGGGUACGGUACACCGGGUGCAGACCGAGCAAGCGUGAGAGGGAGUGUUUUCGUUAAUGCACAGAGACGUCUGUAAGGCUCGACUGCGGCGCCGCCCAGUGUGACCGCGCCAGGACCGGGCUGGGGGCGGCAUUCACCAGGUCCCGCCCAUUUCGCCCGCCGCUGCGGGUCCCGCUCCGCCCACAGGCUCUGAUGGCGGCGGCCGAGCUGAAGGAUUUGGUUCAGGUUCCUGUGGCUGGAAAAGCACUUAUGGACCCUACACAGGGCAGUGUGAACUUUGAGGACGUGGCUGUGUACUUCUCCCAGGAGGAAUGGGGGCUGCUUGAUGAGGCUCAGAAGCUCCUAUUCUGCGAUGUGAUGCUGGAGAACUUUGCAAUCAUAGCCUCCCUGGGUUCUUCGCACGGAACAGAGGAUGAGGAUGCAUCUUCUAAGCAGAAUGUUUCUUUGGAAAUACAGGUCAGGACAUCAGAGGCAGGUUCAUCCACUCAGAAUACUCACCCCUGGGAGAUGGGGGUCCCGUUCUUGGAAGAUAUUUUGCAUAUGACUGAGCAAGCAGCACACCCUGGGCAGAAUUCAUGCUCAGGUAGGGCUUGUGUGAGAUGCUUCUGGAUGAGAGCAAACCUUCACCGGCACCAGAAGUGUCUCAGUGAAGAGAACCCCUUCAAAAAAGAUAUGGACGCGGCCUCAUUUAGAAAGAGCUGCAGAUUCCAUGUGUCAGGGAUGCCUUUUACCUCUGGGGAAUUUGGGAAAGACUUCCCAGCAACUUUGAGCCUUCUCCAGCACCAGUCCACUCUAAAGAGUGAAAAGCCACCCAGCAACUUUGUGUGCGGGGAGGCCUUUCACACUGGAAAAGGACUUUGCAAGUGGAACAAAUGCGAGAAAUCUUCCAGCCACGAGCACACACUUGUUCACCACGAGAGCAUUCACACUAGAGAAGGGCCUUAUGAGGGUGACAAAUGUGAGAAAGAUUUCAGCUGCAAGUAUAGACUUGUUCAGCACCAGGGAGUUCGCACUGGUGAAAGGCCAUAUGAGUGUGGUGAAUGUGGAAAAUCCUUUAGAUACAAAUGUUUACUCAUUUACCAUCAGAGAGUUCACACUGGAGAAAGACCAUAUAAGUGUGAGGAAUGUGGGAAAUCCUUUAGAGAUUCCUCAACCCUAAUUCAGCAUCAGAAAAUUCACACCGGAGAAAGGCCUUAUGAGUGCAGCGAAUGUGGGAAAUGCUUUAACCGUAAAUCUGAUCUUAAUAAACACCAGAGAAGUCAUACUGGAGAAAGGCCUUAUGAGUGCAGCGAAUGUGGAAAAUUCUUUGGCCGUCACUCCCUCCUUCAGAAGCAUAAGAGAAUUCACUCCACAGCUACGCCAUAUGAGUGCAGCAAAUGUGGAAAAUUCUUUAGUUAUUGCUCCUACCUGAAUAAUCACAGGAGGAUUCACGCAGGAACAGAGCUGUAUGAGUGUUGUGAAUGUGGAAAAUGCUUUAGCCAAGGGUCCAGCCUCAUUCAGCAUCAGAAAAUUCACAUUAGAGCUAUGGCAUAUGAAUGUGGUGAAUGUGGGAAAUCGUUUAGCCGCAAAUCUUUACUCAUUUAUCACCAAAGAGUUCACACUGGAGAAAGGCCUUAUCAGUGUGUGGAAUGUGAAAAAUCAUUUCGUCAUCGCUCAGCCUUCAUUCGACAUUGGAAAAUUCACACUGGUGAAAGGCCUUAUGAGUGCAUCGAGUGUGGAAAAUUGUUCAGCCGUAGCUCCCACCUUAAUAAACACAAGAGAAUUCACACUGGAGAAAAGGCUUUGAGUGUAGCAAAUGUGGGAAAUCCUUUUUCUACAAACAUAGCCUCAUUUGACACCAGAAUUCACAUAGGAACAAAGCCUUAUGAAUGUGGAGAAUGGGAAAUCCUCUAGGCAGAGAUGCAACCUCAUUCAACACCAGAGAAUUCACACAGAAGCUAGGCUUGAUGAGCGUGAUAAAUUGAAAAAUCUUAAUGACUUUGAUCAAAAUGUUCAGUAAUGGUAGUUGGACACCUGUUAGUUGUUUUGGUGUAAUGGCAAAGGAGGCAGUUGUUCAUGGAGACAAUUAGCCACACAUUUCAUUUCCUCCUAUAACUGACUCUCCUUCCUCUGUUGCUCCAGGCAAAUAGAGACCAGUUGUGCCUUGAAUGGGUGCUUGCAAACUUUGAAGACCUUAGACACUACACAGCAAAUUAGGAGGUAGAACAGAAGGACUAAAUAUGUUACGCCAAUUAACUGGGAUAUCUUAUGAAACCGUGACGCUAAACCUAUAAGCCAAGGAACCAGAUCACGUGAGGUAUUUGGCUGUACAUAAACAACCUCAGCAGCUACUCUUUUUUUUUUUUGUCAUCGUUAUAUCACAAAACUAUUGCCAAUUCAACUUUUUACAGGUAUAGAACUUAUUGACAGUUGUGCAACCCUACCCAUAAUCAAUGUGAUUUUUCCAUCACUGUAAAUAGAAACUCAGUAUCCCGUAAGGAGUAACCUCCUCUUUCCCCGCCCCCAACCCCGGGAACCAUUAAUAAACUUUAGUCUCUAUAUAUCUGCCCUUUUUUUGCCUUUAUGAACCCAUGAAACUGUUGCACUGGGAUAAUCUUUAAACCAAACAUAUCCCCUGAAGUGUUCUUAAAACCAAACAAUAGUUUAGCUUAACUAGAAAAGGUCUGCCUUAAGCAUUAUGCUGUUUUAAGCGUUAUCUAUAUGAGAUCUAAUUGACAGUGGCAACUCAAAACAGGAAUGUUAGGUAGCAGUGAGUUUAUGUUAAUAGGGUAGAAAUAACUCAAAAGGAGAGAAUGGUUGCACAACUCAGAUGUAAUCAGUGUCACUGAAUUGUACAUGUAGAAACUGUUGAAUUGGUGUAUGUUUUGCUGUGUACAUUCUCAACAAAAUUAAAUUUUUAACUCCUCUGGCCGUAAAUCUGAGUUCAUUUAUCACUAGAGAGUUCACACUGAUAAAGGUCUUAGAUGUGCAGGGAAUGUGCUGUUUCGUUGUUCAGUAUGAUGACACUUGAGGAGAGUGUUUGUGAUGGUGUUAUCUACCUGAAUUAAAUCUCCCACAUUCAAACAUAUAACAGGAGGGAGAGUCCCCAUGAGUUCUAGGUAUGUGGGAAGCCUUUGGAAGUUGCAUUGCACUUUCUGACCUGCCCAGUACCCUUGCCAGAUUUCUGUUGCUUCCAGUUUCUGUGUUAUAAGCUACUUCAGAUUUACCACCCGACAGAUUACCGCAGUGUGCAUCAGUCACACUAGCCCAAGGUGCUCAGGAAGGCAGAUUACUGUGCCUACCUGUUCACUGGAGAAAAUCAUGAGUAUCCAGAAGCGAUAAGGCCCCUAAUUCUGUUUUCUCUUGACUAGUUAAGGCCUGUAUCUGACCCAGUUUCAGCCCAGCGGACCCAGUUUGAGUUGUGCUGAUGCUUUUCCAAGAGGAUUAUUUUUUUCAAUGAUGUUGGUUUGACAAGAUGCUUGAAAUGUGUAUGUGUAGCUUUCAAGUCACCAACCUGGGAACCACCUGCUGCACAUGCUCUGGUGUGUGCAAUGAUACAGGUCAAUGAUAAAGGUCUUUUAAACACCUUUAAUCUUUGGAUUUCCACUCACUAUGCUGGGUGAUCUGAGAGCAGUGUUAGGAUCUGUCAUAUAAAGGGGUCUGAUAAAAUGAGUUCCUGUAUGUGGCUUUUUGUUUUGGUUCUUUAGAAAAACAGCUUGGAAUAUUUUCUCCAUUAAGUCCUGAGGAGUUGUUACCUUUGCCCUAGUUCUUUGGCAGACUGCUUGUGGGACCUCCCAGAUUGCUUUCUACUCCAGAGGGUUAUUACUUUUGCCCAGGGCAGAGGCCAGUCUCUGCCACUGUUAAAUGUUACUUUUGUACAAGACUGAAGUUGAUUGACAUCUCAUGGACUUCUGACUUUCCCAAAAUGAUCGGCUGGGCCACAAUCUGGCAAGGGGUUGGCUGAUUUACUAUUCAUAUAAUGGCUUGAAAAUCCACCCAAUAGGAUUGAGUGACUUUCAGUCCACUGAGGGAAUUGGCUGCUUUGUGGUCCUGUUGAGAGGGCCAUGCUUUGAAAUUGACAAGGGGUUUGCUCCUAUAGAAAGCAAACUCCACAGAGGUUUUUAGAGGCAAGUAGGGAACCUCAAGACCAAUCAGAGCCUGGAGCAGAGUUGGUACCUGGGGUUUCCCUUUGAGGCGAACCUCCUAAGAAAACUAAUAUUGGUCCAGGGCUACAACACUGAAGACAGCAAGGAGCCCAGAAGAGGCCUGGCUUAAGAGAGCAAUGGGUGAGAGUUCUGGAAAGGGCCUGGUGGUGCAGCUGGUGGUUACAACAGAAAGUUUCUGCUAGGAAAGCAGCUAAGGGAGCUGAGCAAGCCGCCACACUGGCUCUGAGCUUGGCCAGUUAGCAGUGGAGAAGCUGCCAAUGGGGGAGCCUGAUGGCAGACAGACCUCAAGGCAGAGAAGGGCUGUGCGUGGCCAAGGGGGACCUGAUCUGCAUGGCCGAGAGGGCAUGUGCACAGCUAAGAUGAGCCUGGUUGCACAUACAAGAGGCCCUGCUUGCACGGCUGAGAGGGGCUUGCUAGCACAGACAGGAGCCUGCUAGCACAGCAGAGAGCAGCUGAGAGACCUCUUCUGGCUGGAAUCUGUCCGGUUGAAUUGUGUCCCCCCAAAAUACUUGUCAACUUGGCUAGGACAUGAUUCCGUGUAUUGUGUAAUUGUCCACCAUUUUGUCAUCUGAUGUGAUUAUCCUUAAUGUGUUAUAAUUUCUACCUCUAUGGUGUUAAUGAGGCAGGAUUAGAGGUGGUUAUGUUAAUGAGGCAGGACUCAAUCUACAAGAUUACGUUGUGUCUUAAACCAGUCUCUUGAGAUAUAAAAGAGAGAAGUGAGCAGAGAGACUUGGGAACCUCAUACCACCAAGAAAGCAGCUUUGGGAGCUGAUUGCAUCCUUUGGACCCAGGGUCCCUGCAGCUAAGAAACUCCUUGACCAGAGGAAGAUUGAUGACAAGGACCUUUCUUCAGAGCUGACAGAGAAAGCCUUUCCCUGGAGCUGACGCCCUGAAUUUGGACUUCUAGCCUACUAGGCUGUGAGGGAAUAAAUUUCUCUUUAUUAAAGCCAUCCACUUGUGGUGUUCCUAUUACAGCAGCACUAGAUGACUAAGACAGAAACUGUCCUGCACAAAAGAAGGGAGGGAUGUGCUCUCCACCUCAGAAGAGCCUUCCACACCUAACCUGUGUCUUCCUGAUGCUGAUCCCGAAUUGUUCCUGUUACUUCCAAGUUGGUCUUGAUCCUGUUACUUCCCUAAUAAACCACAUAACUAUGAGUAUGGUCUGUGAGUUCUUUGUGCUCAUUGCAGUGAAUUAUCUUUCACACCCAACAGAAAAGUAGAGAGUGCUGUAGGGGAGGGGGUGGUGGUUGUCAGAAACAAUGAAUGAAUAGAGCAGAGGUAUGUCUGCUCUCCAUCUCAUAGGAACCAGCUUUGUGCUGGUCCUGAUUUUAAUCCCUCGGGAAUUUAGACAGUUCCUCACACGGCAAUACAUGAGGUGAAGAGCUGUGGGGACUCCAAGCUUUGUAUGCCUCAGAGAGGGUCAUAUGGCAGAAAAUAGCUCUCUGUUCCGUUUGGGCCUAAAUUGCAUUGUUGCCCAAGGCUUCCUAGGGAAGAAUGUAGGCUUUUAU